UCCAGUCCCUGCGUUGCUUACCGAAUAAUCUGGAACUUGUUUCUUGGCCAGACCUUUUUGGUUAAAGCCCAUGUUAAGAAGCUUGACUCAGGGCAGCUCAAAUUCACUUCAGCUCCUCCACUCCCUUUGAGAACAGCAGCCGGAGAACGAUGGAGCUCCGAGGAGUUUGCCUUCUGGUGUGCCUCUUUUCUGUGGUACAAUUGACAACUCAGCAGAACAUCAGACCCAAGAAAAAGCCAGAGAAAGAUGUUGUAAGCCUCAAAAUGUUUGAAGACCUGAAGGAGCAGUUAGAGAAUAUCUCCCAGGAGGUGACUUUGCUAAAGGAAAAGCAAGCGCUUCAAACAGUUUGUCUGAAAGGCACCAAGGUCAACCUGAAGUGUUUCCUGGCUUUUCCCAGUGCGAAGACCUAUCACGAAGCCAGCGAAGAUUGCAUUUCUCAAGGCGGCACCCUCAGCACUCCUCAGACAGGAGAUGAAAACGACGCUCUGUACGACUACAUGAGAAAGAGCAUCGGGGCUCAGUCAGAGAUCUGGCUCGGCAUCAACGAUAUGGCCGCCGAAGGGAGAUGGGUGGACAUGACAAGUACCAGCAUUCGCUUCAAGAACUGGGAAACGGAGAUCACCACUCAGCCUGAUGGUGGGAAACUGGAAAAUUGUGCCACGUUGUCGGGGGUGGCCACUGGCAAGUGGUUUGACAAGAGGUGCAGAGAUAAGUUGCCAUAUGUCUGCCAGUUCAUGAUAGUUUAACGGUGGGACUCCUGCUGUGGAAGAGGAGGUCAAGGCGUUCCACUUGGCCCCAGGAACAGAGCUGCAAGAAAAUAUGCAACUCAUACAUACCCUCAUAUACUCUUGGCAGAUAAACACAUGGCUUGGCAAAACCUAUGCUGCAUUUUAAUUGGCUAAAAACUACAUUCCGCUCAGUAGCAGCUACGUUUUUCUCACCGAGGCAUGAGUUAUAGAUAUCUAUAUUUUUACAUCCAAAGCCUAAUAGGAUGACUUCAUUAGUCGACAGCGUUUCAACUUUGCCAAAAUAAUACAAUCUUUAAGACUCAUUAGUUGUUCGUCGCAUGUACUCUUCCAGCCGACCCUUUUUCCUUCCUGCUGAUUGCACCAAAUUAAACCAGCUUUUGCAGAAUUGUCCUUAUUAUCAUCUUUGGGGAUGCCAAACCGAAAGUGCUUUAGCACAGCUGCCUUUCAUUAAAUGUUAUAGCUCCUCAUGGGCAAAUUAACCCAAAUAAAUCCAUCGCACACCUUUUGUUCCACUGAAAUAAGAGUUCAGUAGAAUUGUCUCAGCCUCAGUUAUAAUACUGGACAAUGCUGGUGUAAAGAGGAAGGGGGGGAGGUGCUAUCGAGAGCUUUUACUCUGUUGUGCAGAAAAAUAAAGAUAAUUUUUUUAUUUUAAAAAAGAACG